UUGCUUUCAUUUGUUUAAGCAAAACUUGGAAAUUCAAAGAAGAUCAAAACUCACAGAAGCUGAGCUGGAGGAGCUGGAGAGGAAAGAAACUGAGCUGAAGUACAGAGACAGAGCUGCAGAGAGAAGGGAGAAGUAUGGGGUUCCUGAACCUCCUGCACCAAAGAAGAAAUUCUAUAAACCACCAACUCCAACCAUAAACUAUGAGCAGCCCACCAAAGACGGCCUCACGAGUGAUAACAUCGGAAACAAAAUGUUGCAAGCGAUGGGCUGGCAGGAAGGCAAAGGUCUGGGGCGCCACCAGCAGGGCAUCACCGCUCCCAUCUCGGCUUCAUUAAGGACCAAGGGCACAGGCUUGGGUAUUAAAGGAAGCUCCUAUGAACUCUCAGCAUCCGACACCUACAAGGAUGCUGUUCGAAAGGCCAUGUUUGCACGCUUCACUGAAAUAGAGUGAAAAGUAACCCUACUGAACCAGGAAAUAUUAAUAUAUUGUGGACAAAUGAUACUGUGAAUAGAAAGAGUUGCACAGACGCAAACUGUCAUUUCCAUCUUCUCCAUGUAUAUAAUGGUGUUUUAUAUAACUAAAUAUUUUGUCAUUCCGAAGUAUGUAAAUGUAAAUGUUGUAUAGCGUUUGUACAUACGAUUAUUCAGACCUGCUGAGGUUUUGUUUCUUUGAAAAUCUAAAGAAUCAACGUGACAAAUAAAUUUAACCUUUUGUGCUCAACAAUACUUGAUGUUUUCUCUCUUUACAAAACAAAUUGUUACGAGAAAAAUAAAAUAAUACAAAAAAAUGUUGAUUUCAAGGCACCAAUAUGCAUUGAGAAUGUUUCUUUCAUGUCUUGGAUAUAUACUGUAGGAUCAGAAGUGGAGACUUAAUUGUUAAUAAUGUUUGAGUAUCCCUCAGACAUUACGGCUUCAGCCUCCGCUAUGGUUUUAUGUUCCUUAAAUCCACCUAGAGUUGUGCUUUAAGAGAAUACCACGCUGUAAUUGUAGUGACUUGGUCCUCCAGCCUGGAAGGUCUUGUUCUCUGUGCUCUUGUUUCUUUUAAUACAUCCACAAUCCUUAGACUCACGGACAGGCUGGGCUUGUGUGUAUAAAUGCUCAUUUACUUUUGUACCAACAUAUAGAACAGGCUCAUCAUACAAACACUGGAAGGAUCCGAUUCUCUGCUGAAUCUCCAUCUUUCAUCCCCCGCUGGACAUGUUGUCCAUUAUUUCUGCCAGACUCUCUAUUGGCUGCCUUCAUAUCCUCUUUCCUGAGGCUUAAUGGCCGACAUGUUUUACCACCAGCUCUCUCUUCAGUGGGAAUUCCAGUGACUUUGAAGAUGCCGAAC